CACGCACUGAGAUUCGUUCGGGCGUAGAUUAAGAAAAAACAAAGAAAUGAAAUAUAGUAUAGUCAUCAUAGUGGUUAGUUGCCUGCUCCACCAGGUGAUGGCCACCCUGGGAAGUCUCUCCAAGCAUCAGAGGAGUAAGAGAGCUCCCAUUCCCUGGCUUAUAUACCCCACCACAUCACCCACCCGUGUUAUGUUCAUUGGCGGCAUAGGUAUUCCGCUGGAGGAUCUCAACUAUGAGGCGGUGACCACUGGGUAUGUCUUAAAGGUGGAGUACUGGCUGCCCACCACUCCGGAUGAUCUGAGGACACCCACAGCCCUGCCCCUCACACAAGUGGCCACACCAGGAGUCACAGGAGCCAGAAAGCAGAGGAAACCCAUGUUUGAGAACUUCCUGGUGGGUGUGGAUGAACUGGGCAAGAACACCAGGAAGCUGCUGACCAGGACCAAUAAGGUUUUGAGCAGCUAUCGCUGGACAGUGUACAAGGGACUGGAGGGAUUGGCCGAUCGGCUGGGUUACCAGGGCAGGAUUUGUGUUCUGAAGAGCAUCUGCGAGGCGGCCGAGGAGCCCUUCCAUUACACAAAUGGGCUUUUUGCGGAUCUCUUGCAUAUAUUACUAACACCCUCCUCUUCAGUGGACAAAUUAUCAGAACAUGCGGAUAACGAGUAUUACUAUGCGGAAAAGGUGGGUCAAUCAGGAGCUGGUUGUGAUCGCGUCUUCAAGGAGUGUCGACUUAGUCUACUCCAACACUUUAGUGAACUGCAUCAUAACCUGGACAAGAUCUUAUUCUAA